GCGAACUGUGUACAUCAGUGGACUCCAGGACGCGGUAGACAAGGCAAAGAAGCUCAUCGACGAUGCGAUCGAGAAGGCCAAAGAACGCACUGGCCAGGUUAACCCGAACGCCUGCACGCUGAAAGUGCCCCACGAGCUGAUAGGCAUGCUCAUUGGCCGAGGGGGCGAGACCAUCAAGGAUCUCAAGAAGGAAAGUGGAGCCCGCAUCGACAUCGCCAAGGAGGCUGAUGAAGAGGGUUCCACAGACAGGCAAGUGCACAUCACGGGUCCGCCGGAGUGCGUGGAGUUUGCCAAGAAGAUGAUCGAGGACAUGCUCGGUAAGUCCCGGGAGUCCCGUGAGGGCAAAGACGGCCAGAGGAAGCCCGGGGGGCGGGUCAUCAAGGUUCCGACGGACAUGAUCGGUGUCCUCAUCGGUCGGGGUGGCGAGACAAUCUCGAAGAUCCAGCGCGAGUCCAGCGCGCGGAUCGAGAUCCAUAAGGAUGACCGGGAAGCCCUGGACCGUCAAGUGACCAUCACCGGGUCUGCGGACAACGUCGAGAAGGCCAUCCGGGCCAUCGACGACGUCCUCGAUGGCGCAGAGAGGGCUGGGAAAGGCUCCCGGCGUGCGGACCCCGGUAAAGACUUCAAGCAUGCAGGUCUCAUUUCAACCCGCCUUGUCUGUGCCCGAGUUUUUCGCUCUUAUGACUCUUAUGUUCAUCCCUUCUUGUUCCGGCAGAGGUGGUCUGGAGGGUGUCUUGAAGCUCUGUUGAGAGGGCAAGCAGUUCUUGACAGCACGUUCAACAUACGGAUUAGGACAAAUAUCUGCAGAGCACUAUGA